GUCAGUUUAAAGAUGGCUGCCCUGUUCAUCAAAUGUAAAUUGGAGUUCGUCUAAGUAACUUUCCCGGCCAGAAUCAGCAUUCUGCGCAAAGUAGUCUCGUAAAACUGGACUGAAUAUGAACGAAACGUGUGAAACAAAAGCACACUCAACAGUGCUGUAACGCUCGGUAUGAGACGCCAAAAUCUGCCGUUUGACUCCGAACUGCGUCAUUACCUCAUGAAUCCCUCAGAGGGUGUGGAGGAUUCGAACCACGGACAAAACAUGAGUGACCGUCAAGAGGAGGUGGGCCACCCCAGCCGGCCUGCGACCAGCGCCCCUCAAGAAAGUGUCCAAAACACCAGGUCUAAUCCAAGUCCCAAGAGAAACUCGGCCAAAAAGAAAUCGUCAUCAAAGUGUAGCAUACUCUGUCGGCUGUUUUACAACUUACUGAACUAUGUCAUAGCUACGUUCUGGGGUCUGUGCACCGCUUGGAUACUGGUACUCGUGCUCGUGUACUUGUUUUACGGCACCACGCUUGCGCUGGUGUUGGCAUUGGUAGCUAUUUUGGGGCUGGCAUACAAUAUCCAAGACAAACUCCUGUAUUUCCCUGACGAACCGGAGUCUUCCAGAUUCUACGUGGCUCCACCUCAAUCCACGGGCCUACCCUACGAAGACCUCUACCUACAAACCUCGGACAGAGUCAGGGUCAGCGCUGUGCUCUUCAAACAGGCCGAACCGCUCUUUAGCCGAGCGCCGACAGUUUUGUUUUUCCAUGGGAACGCGGGAAAUAUUGCGCAUAGGUAUUUUAAUGCCCACGGACUCUAUGCCAUGUGCGGCUGCAAUAUUCUAUUUCUAGAAUACCGAGGUUUCGGCCGAAGCGAGGGGCGGCCCAGUGAGGCUGGUUUCUACCUCGAUGCCCAAGCCGCCCUCGACUACCUCCACAGACGUGGCGACAUCGAUACGCGACGCAUAGUUGUCUUCGGUCGGUCACUAGGUGGCGCCGUUGCCAUCAACCUAGCCUCGCAGACGGUCAACAGGGGCAAGAUCGCGGGUCUCGUGAUAGAGAACACGUUUACGAGCAUCCCGGAUAUGGGCACCGUGAUUUUUCGCACGGGCCUUUUGCGAUGGGUACCGUUAUUCCUAGUCAAAAAUCAGUAUUUUUCCAUCAAUAAAGUCAAGCAUAUACGAACGUCUACUCUGUUCAUCUCUGGGGUUGAGGAUGAGCUGGUCCCAUCUAAGAUGAUGCAUGAGUUAUUCCUGCGAUGUGGUACUAAGAACAAGCAGCUGAUCAGGUUUGAAGGGGGCACUCACAAUGAAACCUGGCGUUGCCAUGGUUACUUCACUGUCCUCCGAGAAUUUCUCACACAGGCGACCUAUCGGGAGACCCAACUGAUCAAAGACUUACCAGUGGGUGCCCAGCGGGUGCGGGACACCAGUGAAACCUCAACCAGGCAUCACAUAGAGACCGUAUGAUGGGCGCCGACUGGGUCAGGAUACCAGGUUUGUAUUGCGUUCCUCACUACCCACCGCCGUGACCUGAGGUCAAGUUGGUGCAAUAAUGAUGGUGUGUGUGUUGUAAUGACUGCAGAUAUCUCGGUUGUUUUUUGAAAGAUAUCAGUUCUCACACAGAGGCUUGGGUGAAUGACAAUAUUAAAUGCCUGGUUGUUAUAUUUUCUCAACAUAUUCCUUUUCCAGCAUUUUCAUGUUCUUCAAAGCAAUACCUUUAAGUUGUUUGUUUAAAUUCAAUUCUUACUUAAUAAGUUGGAUACUUAUGUACAUUGAAAGCGACUGCCGAAUUCUUAAUCGUAUCUUUGCCCUGUAGAAAGUUCGGGAAGUGUAAUCAGAUUUUGAGAGACUAUCCUUUUUGGGGUCAAGCAUUGGGAUUUAUUUUUUGGGGGGAAUAAAGUGUAAAGUCAGACAUGAAAUUUAAGGUUUGCCCUGUUUUUAAUGCGACUGGCAGACCAUUAUUUAAUUUAUUUUAAAAGUAACAUAAUCAAAAUUAGCUAAUUAGCUUAAUUUUAGCUAAUUAAUUAUCCUUGGAGUAGACUGAGUCACAGAACUGAGUCACAGAAUUGAGUCAAACUGAGUCGAGAAGCUGAUUCAUAAAACUAAGUUACCCAACUGACUCUCACAACUGAGACACAGAACUGAGUCACAGAAUUGAGUCAAACUGAGUCGAGAAGCUGAUUCAUAAAACUAAGUUACCCAACUGACUCUCACAACUGAGACACAGAACUGAGUCACAGAAUUGAGUCAAACUGAUUUGUAGAAUUGAGUUACACAACUGACUCUCACAACGGAGACACGGAACUGAGUCACAGAAUUGAGUCAAACUGAGUCGCAGAACUGAGUCAUAAAACUGAGUUACACAAUUGACUCACAACUGAAACACAGAACUGAGUCACAGAAUUGAGUGAAACUGAGUUGCAGAAUUGAGUUACACAACUGACUCUCACAACGGAGACACGGAACUGAGUCACAGAAUUGAGUCAAACUGAGUCGCAGAACUGAAUCAUAAAACUAAGUUACACAACUGACUCUCACAACUGAGACACAGAACUGAGUCACGGAAUCGAGUCAAUGUGAGUCGCAGAACUGAGUCAUAAAACUGAGUUACACAACUGAGUCACAAAACUCGGACAUAAAACCGAGUCCCAAAUCUGAGUCAAAACUGAAUCACAAAAUUUAAAAUGCCGAGCAUUUCCACAUGGCAAUUCAUUGGUUGUAACAUUUAAAUUUGUAAGCCAAAGUAAUUGAAGUAAUAUAAAGAAAGCCUGACACGCCUUUUGAUUAGGCACUUAAUCGUCGCAUCUUGAAAUAAAAAUAUAAAGUAAUGCUGCUAGUGAUAUAUAAUAUAGUUUUGUACUAGUAAGUUAUAAUCUUGACUCUCUGCUUCGAAAUCAAAUGAAUAAAGUAUGUCUUUAUAAAGACAAUAGAUGAAA